UCUGCCCUCGAUCCGCAGCGGCUCGGAGUCGAGCCGUGCUGGGCUGGAGCAGCAGCAGCAGCAGCACUGGCAUGGUGAGCGGACCGGUGCGGGAAACAGCCCACCACACCUCUCACCGGUCAGCUUUGGACUUCUAAGCGACACUCUGUAAUCAGCAGGCCCCGUUUGUAGCAGCUUCAAGCUCUGAGCGGCCCAUCAAAAUGGUUAGGAUGCUUCAGAACACCUUCUCACUUGUGCUAACGUUGCAUGUCCUGUAUUCAUCUCUGAUUCACGCAAGAGCCGAAGAGCAGACCAGAGAAUGCCGAGAGCAGGAGUACAAGGACCGCUUUGGAAACUGCAAACCCUGCAAGCAGUGUGAUGCAGGACAGGAGCUUUCAAAGGAAUGUGGCUUUGGUUAUGGAGAGGAUGCCCGGUGUGUGCCCUGUCGGAGCAGUCGCUUCAAAGAGGACCGGAGCCUGCAGAAGUGCAAACCCUGCCUGGACUGUGGACUGAUCAACCGCUUCCAGAAGGGCAACUGCUCCACCACGAGCAACGCCGUGUGUGGCGACUGCCUGCCAGGAUAUUACAGGAAGACAAAACUAAGCGGUUUCCAGGACAUGGAGUGCAUACCUUGUGGAGACCCUCCACCUCCUUAUGAGCCCAACUGCAGCGGGCGUGUGAAUCUGGUGCCGCUGCCCUCGGUAGUGACCAGUCCACGGGACAUGGCUCUGGCUGCGGUCAUCUGCAGCGCUCUUGCUACAGUGCUGCUGGCCCUGCUCGUUCUGUGUGUCAUCUACUGCAAGAGGCAGCUGCUGGAGAAGAAGCCCAGCGCAGCUUCUCUGAGGUCUCAGGACUGUCCUUACCGCGGAGCAGAGCUCUCCUGCCUGGACGCCCGCUGGCUCCAUGACUUUCCACAGAGACCUUGCUGCCAGUGUCACCUGGGCCCCGGACACACCUGUGGUCCCGUCCAUCUAAUCCCGUCUCUGUGCUGCGAUGAGAGCUGCAGUCUGGGCCGCAGCCAGGGUAACAGUCCUUUCCAGUCCCAGAUGAGUCUCAGUGAAGGAAAUGCAAACAUGGACGAGGAGCUGGAAGGACAUCCCGAGGCCAUCUGUAGGGCUGAGUAUUUUGAUGAACCUGCAGAAGGACCUGGGGUGGUGGGAGAAGAGGACGAUGAGGGGGAAAGGUGCGGGUUGAGGGACAAAUCCCCUGAGAGGAGCUCACGGAGCUGCAGUGAAGCUGUGACAGAUGUACCGAUUCAGGAAGGAUGACAUAGAUUUCUUUGGCUUGUGUUCCACCCUUGAACCACCCUGGACUCGACAACAGCCGUGGCCGGAUCCUGUCUCGGAUUUCUCACUAGUCCACCCCCAUCAAACACACACACACAAAAAAAAAAACCCCACUGCAACCACCACUACAUACACCCAGACAACCAGUGUGGCCACUCUGCCCACUUCAGAGCCCUCCAUCUACCAGAAUAUGUGCUUACAUGCAAACAAAAGCAUAGAGACUGUGAAUUCGUUGACCCAGAAGGUAAAAAUCAUAUGAAGUUCAAAUGUCGAGGAGUACUGACCUAUUACUGCGGAGCGCAGUGAAUCAAAAUGAGCCUCUGCUCUGCAUCGAGAAUGUCUUGCAUCUUCAUGUGUAAGAGAACAAACAAACAAACAAAAAAAACUGUACCGCUCAUUUAGCAGCUGGUGUUAUGAAGCUUUUGUGUGUAAAGUUGUAAAGUUUGAAGUGUGACAAAAAGUGUCAAAAGUGAUUAUGUUGCACAUUGAAGACAAUCUUGAUAAUAUGGAACAAGUUAAGAUGAGGAAUGUCUAAGUGAUAAAUGUGUUGUAGAUACUGUAAGAUAGUAAAUAGGUCAAUAUUUUUGUAACAUAGAUAGGCAUCAUGUAUGUCCCCCUCCCAUGCACCCAGUUAUGACGAUGGUUGUAUUUGGUCACUUCCAUGUGCCAUUUUUGUAAAUAAACCACUUGAACAUGUUUACAUACAUUCUGUCUUCAUUUUUAUUUUUUGUUAAAUGUAAAAAUUCUUUAAUGAAAUUAAAAAGUCAGUCAUAUGGAUGAAGUUCUGAGGUCUUUUUUUUUUUAAUCAAUAACCACAAACUCAUAGUUAAGUACUGCGCUGCUUUGAAUCAGUCACUCACUCAUGUAAUAAUAGACUUCUCUGCAUUGAAUCAUUACUUGUUAAUCUCUGGUUCCCUUUCAUAGCACAUCUUUUGUUCUGUCUUCCUUUGUUCACCCCAACUGGUUGCAGCUGAUGGCCGCCCCUCCCUCAGCCUGGUUCUUCUAAAGUAUUCUUCCUAUUAAAAGGGAUUUUUUCCUUUCCACUUACACCAAAGUGUUUGCUCAUAGGGAGUCAUGAUUGUUGGGUUUUUCUCUGUUGUAUUAUUGUAGGGUCUACCUUUUAAUAUAAAGGGCCUCGAGGUGACUGUUGUUGUAAUUUGGGGCAGUAUAAUUAAAACUGAACUGAAUGUUGCUGAAGAAUCAGUACUCAUCAGACCAGGCAACAUUUUCUAGUUUAUUAUGUAAUUUUGGUGAUCCCAAUGCGAACUGUAGCCUCAGUGUCCUGUUCUUAGCUGAUGAGUGUCACCUGGUGUGGUCUUCUGUAGUCCAUAUGUUUCAAAGUUCCCGUGUUGUUACAAAGUAUGCAGAUGAGCAUCUCUGAAUGAGCGAACAGUUACUUGUUGCCUUCCUAUCAACUCGGUCUCCUCUGACAUCAUCAAGGCAUUUUCAUCCAGAGAGCUGCCACUCACUGGAUAUUUUUCUUGUCAGACCAGUCUCUGUAAAUCAGUCCAAAGUCACAUAACUCACCUUUAUUUCCCAUCCUGAUGCUCAGUUUGAACUUCAGCAGGAUCCAGUCUAAAUGCAGUGCUGCCAAGAAACUGGCUCAUUCGAUUUUUGUGUUAACCAGCAGAUGAACAGGUAAGUGAAUAUUGCCAUCUAUUCUUCUAAUUAAAAAACAAACAAACAAGCAUUUUAUAAAUAUGACAGCUGAUCACCACGGGAAAAAAAAAAAUCACUAAAGAAUGAUUUCAUCUAAACAUCAUGUUUCUUCCAAAGCCAUCUGUACAGGCAGCGUAGCACUCAGUGUGACAAGUCAACCUGUUUUGAUGCCUAAAAUUACACUAACAUUAAUACUGGGGCUGCACUUAAGUUACAUUUAAUCUCUGCUGAUAUAAUUUGCUUCAGGUUUAAUUGGAAAUAGAUCUGAAAGCAAAGCAAUGUUGGAGAGACAUCACAUCCACAUAACUGUCAAAUCACAGUGUUGCAGCCUCUGUGUGGUUCGAGCCACCCAGCUCGCUCAGGCUCCGCCUGUCUGAUGGCGUGUUUACACUUUCAACAGCGACGUGAAUCUGCAUCUCGGAGCUGGCACAAGGCAAGCAAAGGCAGCUGCAGUCAGAGCCCAGCUGACGACUACAGUGUGAAACUGUUGGAACAGAUGCAAACAGCCUCUGUGGAGCAGACUCUGAAGCGUUUUUGUAAAUAUGCACAACUUCUUAAACUUCCAGAGACUGUGUGGCUUUGUGAUUUAUACUGUUGCAGCAGCUUUUAUGAAUAAUAUGAUAAGAACUGACCAAAUCUUUCCUAUUGUGCUGUAAAAAACUCACAAGCUGAAGCUCUUCUUUUUCACCCCUCCCCAAACUCCUGACAGACAAAACAGAUGGAGCGGUAUUAAUUUAAAGCCUAAACAAUGUCCACAUGACAGGAAGAACGGAUUAAGUAUUCUUCCUCAUGCUGAUUUGAUCAGGAAAAAACCAAAACAAAACAAUGUUCUGCUGUUACACAAGCUCAGAACAAUCUUUUGGGGGUAUAAACUGUGAAAAUGAUUGCAUUUUGUUAUUCAUUCUUUCAAAAGUUUAAAGUGUUAAACUUUUUAAAGUUUAAAUGGUAAAAAAAAAAAAAAAGGUUUUACAACAGUUUCAGGGUUCUUUAACUUUUUAACUGUGUGCAGCAAGAGAACAUGUCGAAUAUAUUAAAUAUACAUUAUGUUCAUUUGCAGAAAACAUGAAGAUCUUUAGAAACAGUGACCAUGAAAUAUGAUGGCAUGUCUUUGAUUUCUCCAGCGUUCUCUCAAUCUUUGCCUCAUAAAGUUCGUUUCCUUGCAGCCAAAACUGGCCUUCAACUCUCAGAGUCCAUGAUGAAGGUCUCAAA